AUGGCUGGUGUUGUGGAGACGAUUGCCUUUGGCCAGCACAACGUGCGAGCCAGUCAAAUCUUCUUCCGGAGCUCUCUGUCCUACGGCCUGGUUAAUCUCAUGCCCCUCGUGCCAGGCCACGUCCUAGUGAUCUCCCAGAGGAGAGUGGCCCGAUUCCGCGACCUCACGCCUCCUGAGGUGAGCGACCUGUGGACCUCCGCUCAACGGAUCGGUGAGGUGGUGGAGCGACAUUACAAGGGCGACGCCCUCACCAUGGCCAUCCAGGACGGCGCUGCCGCCGGCCAGACCGUCAGCCACGUGCAUAUCCACGUGAUCCCGCGAAGGAGAGGCGACUUUGCGCGUAACGAUGAAGUGUACGAGCGGUUGGACAUGGACAAGGACCGAACGAAGCGCACCGAGGAAGAGAUGGCCGAAGAGGCCGCCCUCCUCGCCCGCUACUUCGACGAUGGCAACACCAACAGCACUGACGGCGCCACUUCGCCAUAG